GGCAUUCCCAUGAAAAAUCAGAUAUGGAGAACCUAAAAACUCUAGCCUCCUUUAUCAAGAGAGAAGUGCAACCUUCCUGAGGCAUCCUAGGAAUUUUGAGGGAUUGCAUCAAGAUUACCAUUAAAAAUGGGAGGCUUGCGCUGUUCAUCACAUUUGUCAUGUUCUCCUAUUACUCCCUGUUGGGAUUUGCUGAUAAUAUACUUCUGGCGCCUGUAUUAACAGAUAUGGUGGCCAAAUCCAAGCUUGUACCCACAGAUGUAAGAAUUAGCAAAGCUGAGCCGAUCUUAUACAAAGGCAUUAUCAAAGAUGUUCAAUAUUUUCUCACUUAUGAACUGGUUGCAUUGUUCUUCUCGAGCCUCUUGUUAACCUUUUCGCUUGCAGCUUCUGUUCACUCAACAUAUGAAGCUUAUACUGCAAAAGUUUCAAGCUUGAAAGACAUGUUAUUGGGGACUAGGGGAAGGUUCAAAAGGCCUUGGAUCACAAUCCUUCUGAUGAUUCUAAUAAUCUUGGCAAGUGCAGCCCUCUUAUUCAUAUUCAUUGGAGUAACAGGAGUGAUGACUGAAGGUCCUCUCUUGACUGUUCUUGACUGCACGCUGCUAAUUUUUGGUGUGUGCUACUGUAUUUACAUCUCUGCUUUGUGGAUGCUGAGCCUUGUGGUUUCUGUGAUGGAAGAGAAUUUGUCUGGACUAAAGGCAAUAGACAAAGCCAGCGAGCUCAUGAAAGGUAAAAGAUUGCAGGGUUGUGUUCUGAUCAUCUGAUGACGCUUUUGAUGUUUGCAAGUGGUGCAAUCUGUCUGACCUUCUUUAUCUUGCCCGCUAACCAAGUGAAAUUGGUUGGAUCGACAAUGAAAAUUGCAAAGAUUUGCUCAUUUUGCUUGAUGAAGUUGUCUUUAUUUGUGGUGUUCACCCUGUUCUACCAUGAAUGCAAAAAGAGGCAGCCAGUGGAGGCGAAUCUGUAUGCUCCAGUCUCUGCUAUUGACCAAUUUUAGUGGGAAAUU